AUAUUCAGUGUGACAACUAGGAGGGUUCGGACAUGAAAACACGGUCUGGGGCCGCUAAAGCUUGGUUUAAGCCGUGGAGCCAGCUUUGAUCUAUUUCAUGAUAUCUGCUAUCUGGGCGACAGGCGGUGUUCCCUCGGAAAGCUGGCUGCGGCGCCGAGUUGGCUGUCACGCCCCGCGAACCAGUGGUUCGCAGAGAGCCUUUUGUUUCCCUGCUUGCCCGGUAGUUAUUAAACUUGUUACUGCUUUACGUGUAGCCUUCUUGUGGCACCCCAAGCCCCAAAAGAAGGAGAAUUGACCGGCUAAUGUCGCAACUUCAGUAGACUUGUAGAGACAGUCAACAUAUCUAAAGAUGUUGUGGUUGCUUUAGUAUCAGCACGCAAUCAGUAUAGGCCAGCAUGCUCUAGGCCCUGAAGUCAGCAGUGUGGCUGUGUAUGCGUGCCCGACACCAUUACCGUUACACGCGGUUACCCAUUCCAGACCCUUUUGCGGCAUUUUACCAAGCAACUAGAUGGCUACAACAGGCAGCUCAGAUGUGCUAGCAGGGGCGCCGCGGCAUCUGCAAUGCCCCGCGCAGGCAUCCGUGCUGAUGACUGGCGGCGGCGGCGGCAGCGGCGGCGGCGGCAGCGGCGGCGGCGCAUGCGCGCAUCUUGGUAGCGGAGGGGGCGGGAAAGGCCACGUGGAGGAGGAGAGCGCAGCGCCGCCCAAGAAGCGGUGCAAGCGCGCAGGCUGAGGAGCCGGCUGGUGUCUAGGUAGCGGUCCGCGGUGGGGCUGGCAGGGCAUGCGUAGCGGCAUGACAAGUAGUGCGGCUGUUGACAACUGUGCUGCGUCUGGCUGCGGUUGGCUCUGCUGUGGCAUCGCGAUUGCUAGGCACCUGGUUUGGCUAUGUGCCUGUGGAAACCGACCCCGGCUAUGUCCGGGCGAUGAGGUUGUUCGGCCUCAGACUGUGGAGGGGCUCAGCCCCUUUUCCCGUGACCGGGGAACACUUGUCAGCUUUCCCCAGGUUCCCACAGGCAUUCCACCAGCCGCGCGCUCAUGCCUUGCCGUCUCCAGUUGCGUAACGCUGGGGUCGGGGAUCACGCUGCAGUGCUGCACGUUAUCGGGAUUACGCACCCUACCCCAUCGCA